CUCAGCCGUUAACCACAAAGCACUGUUUUCGGACAACUAAAUCUUGUAAAUCUUCUAUACAACGAUUCUACUAAAUUAUCAGGUCCAUUUAAAUAAGGAUAAAUCUUAACCAAUACUGUGCGUACACCAAUAGACGACCUGCGCAUAAAAUGGCACUAACAGUAGCGCUUCCCUUAUCCGGUUUAAAUCCGGAUAAUUUUUCAACGUUAAAUGCAAAGCUUUUUAAGCUUGCAAACGAACGGAAUUUGCCCACUGCCGGAAGAGAAUCUCCAAGCACAGCCAGUGACUCGAGUGGCGUCAGUAGCUGCAUGACAUACAAUACUUCAUCCGUCGAAAUAACACCAAAUUCAUCGAGACCAAUUACACCAAUUCGAUUAAUUGAUCAGAAAAAAAGCGAAGAAAAAAUAAAUAACAUAAAUAUCCAAGAUAAAAAAGGUAACCAGGAAAAGGAACAAAAAAUGGAAAAUAUCCGGAUCUUGUAUGAAAACAGAGAUAUAUUGAAUUUAGGCGGAAAUAUCCGUCCUGCAACGCUCUGGCAACCCCUUCCGACAGCCCGCGCUAAUGUUGCACAAUCGUUUAUAUUGCGUCAACGUAAUAAUAAGGAAGAAAAGAAUGUUAAAGAAACGCCACUUUGUAUAUACGCAGACUGCAAAUUUUCUACAAAUAAAAUGCUCACCUGUUAACUACAAAAAAAAAGAACAAAACGAUUAACAGUCAUCGUUAACGUUAUGGACAAUUAAACCGAUAAUAGAUCGGAUAAGCAGUAGCUGAACAAAAAUGUCAAUUGAACAUUAUACAAAAAUAUGAUAAUUGUAAUAUUCAAAAGACACGACGCGUAUCGCGUAUUCGCGAUAUAAAACGCGCAUAUUGAUUCGAAUCUCAUUUAACACAGAAUCUUUUUCAAGUGCACAAGUGAUAUUGACGAUAUUGUUUGUCAUACGUAUAUUUGAAAGAGGUAUCGUGUUAAAUUAGAUUCAAGAUUUUAAGAGAUAUAUAUUUUUUCCACUGAUUACGGACUGCAGUGAUCAUCAAUUUUCCUACAAUUUGAUGUCGUAAGAUGUGGCAAAAUUAUGCCAGCAGCAUAAAUUUUGCAGCACGGUAAAAAUAACUUAAGGUUAUUUGAUGCUUUAUUUAAACUUGUUUUUCUAAUAUUAGAUACUACAAUUCUUCUAAAAACUUUUUUAAUAUGAUAAAAUAAUCUCUACUGGCGCAAUCAUAUCCCCAUCUUGCGAUACUCUUUAUUUAUAUAAAUCUCUCAUAAUCCAAACUUAUCAACUCUAUGCAAAAAACCUAGAAAAUUGAUAAACAUUCACAUUAAUCAUCUUUUAUAUCAAGUUUAAGAAAUUUACAAAAUAUAGAGUUGAUAAAUUAGAUAAGAUGCUAUAAAAGUAGCUUUAGAUAAUACGCAUAUAUAUGAUAUUACGCACAAAUGACAAUAGUGUACGUAACAAUAUCAGUUCCUUAUGUAAAACCGUUCAAGUAUGAAACAAAAGCUACUAUUAAAAUUUGCACUCGCAUCGACUUAUAUCGAUGACAAUGACUUAAUGUUCAACCAUUUGUCUUACAUCACGAUUAUACGAAAUAAAUUAGCACAAAAAAAUA